UGGUGGUCAGUGGGAAGAAUGCCCCUUACAUUGGGGGAUCAGUCAGUGGGAAGAAUGUCCCUUACAUUGGGGGUCAGUGGGAAGAAUGCCCCUUACAUUGGGGAUCAGUGGAAAGAAUGUCCCUUACAAUGGGGGUCAGUGGGAAGAAUGUCCCUUACAUUGGGGGUCAGUGGGAAGAAUGUCCCUUACAUUGGGGGUCAGGGGGAAGAAUGUCCCUUAUAUUGGUGGUCAGUGGGAAGAAUGUCCCUUAUAUUGGUGGUCAGUGGGAAGAAUGUCCCUUAUAUUGGGGGUCAGUGGGAAGAAUGUCCCUUACAUUGGGGGUCAGUGGGAAGAAUAUUCCUUACAUUGGGGGUCAGUUGGAAGAAUGCUCCUUACAUUGGUGGUCAGUGGGGAAGAAUGUCCCUUAUAUUGGUGGUCAGUGGGAAGAAUGUCCCUUACAUU